AUGUUAUCGGUCGACAAAGCAACUGGUCCUUACUCUCAGUAUGAAGUCGACCAGUCGGAAAAGCAAUCGGUCUCUUCAGGUUCUUCCUCGUCAGUAUCCUUUUCUAAUACCGCGGUAUCCGAGAAAAUGAAUGACGAGGAAAAACGAAAACGUCCUAAGCGUAACAGUUUUCGUCGUAUAUUUGGUCAAAAUGGAAAGGAAGAAAAGGAGGAGAAAAAAGUUAAGGAAAGGAAAGCUCGCACUUUAUCUAUAUUCAGUAAGAGUGAUAAGCGUGAGAAACGCGAGAACGAGAGACCACGCCUUACUCCUAGCAAAAGUGAACCGGUCGAAAAGCGAAAAAACCGUCGUAGCUACAUCUUCUUUUCCGAUGAUGACGGGAGGGAUGACGUAGUGCACGAGAAGAGAAACAACAGUAAUGAUACAUCUUCCUUUUCUGAUAACGAAAAUGAGUCAGAAAAAUCUAAGAAUAAACCUAGUACAAAUCGAUUCAGUAUUAAUUUAGAUAAAAUUUUUGGCUCAGAAGAUGAUCACAAGAAGAGUCUUAACACUAACCAUAGCAAUCUUUCCGACUUAUUCAUUCCUGGAAACGAGACUCCGAUUAAGAGUCACAAUCGCUAUAGACUGAAUAAUGCCAAUAGUUUAGUCGAAUCCCCCACGGGUGAACCAAGACCCGUCUCCAUGGUGACCAUAAGCUCAGAUAAUACCGACGAUACUGACCUGAAGAAGAAUGAUCAUUAUCCAGUCGAUGAUAAUUUAAUCACGAAUGAUGAUUCAAAUCGCCAUGAAUACACCGUGACUUCUAAUGAGUAUGAAAAUGACCAAAGUACCCAAUCAAACAUUGAUCUCUCGGUUCACCAGGAUCACACCGAAGUUAUCAACGGCGACCAGAAUAGUGUUGAGAUUGUUAACGGCAUUCAUAAAGAGCAUGAGAUAUUCAAUGAUGGUGGCAAUCAAGAUUACGAGGAGACCUUUAACGAGGAAAUAAAUGGAGGCGGAAGUGGCGAUGGAAUUAUGAGGGAUGAACAAGAUCACCAGAAAGAUGCCGAAGAAGGCGAGAACCAUCAAAAUAAUACCGAGAUCACCACAAACCUUCAAAAUGAUGUCGAGAUCAUCGUUGACCAUCAGAUUGAUACGGGGGCUACCAAUUAUUACAGUGGUUACGUUAAGGCCACCGAAGGCAACACACACCAAGGUUAUAUCGACCAUCAAAUUAGUAUUAAAGUCACCCACGAAGAUGCCGAAUCCGAUGGAGAAAACAACGAGGAUGAUCGCGUUCAGAAAACUCGAGAUGGCACUGAUGAAAUUCCUAUCAUUAACCCCGAAUCCGAGGUUGAAGACGAAUGCCGGGAUGAAGAGGAAGAAGUUGUGAAAAGAAAUGGAUUCCGUGAGGUGGAAAAAAUUGUGGAGAGAUAUCCGCUUCCAAAAAUUAUUGAGAAACGUGUUAUAGUCACCCAAGAGAAUCCGCAAACUCGUCAACAGCUCGAACAACUUCAGGCUACAAAUGACAACUUAGUCUCGGUUAAAAAUCAACUUGAGUUGAAAAUUGAGGAACAAUCCCAGCAAAUCGCCAAACUUUCUUCUUUGGAGUCGGUUAUGGUACGUCAGGUUCAGCUCGUUGAAAGAAUGGAGGAGACCAUAAGAAGGUUGGAAACCAAGGUUCAAGAUCAACAAGAAGAAUUAGAUGGCAGAAUCUCUGGACAAAUAGGAGAUACCGUACGUCAUCUAGAAUACAGGUUGAAUGAGAAAAGCAAAGAAUUAGACAAUUUGAGGACGGUGGUGAUGGAUCAGUUGCAACCGCAAACACCGCCGUUGUAUUUAAGCCCAGUGCAGGUGGUAAAUAUCAGUGGUUUGUUGCCAGCUUCGGAAAAACCGUCGAUGGAUAUGACAAUGACGAGGCAAGAGCCUCGAGAUAUAUAUUCGAAGAACACCCUUGUAAAUACAUUGGUGGUUAAACCGUUGGUUAACACCCUUGUGGUAUCAGCCGGCAUUGCCACGUCAGUCUUGUAUGCUGUCUACGUUCGACCUGUCGUCGGCCUCAUCAAGGUCGUGAGAACUGGAAUGUAA